AUGGCUUCACUAGAGGGAAAUAAUAUGAAUUUGCGGAUGGAACUAGUUGGAAAUACUUGUAAUGAAAAAUUAGAGUCCACAGAAAAAGAUGCAAGUCUUUAUGUACAAAGUAUGAGUGAGAGAACAUACUCUCCAAUAAAUAUAUGUACCACAACGUGUAGUAGUGAUAUAUAUAGUGAUAUAAACAUACCAGCUUUUCCAAUUAAAGAUAAUGAUGGAGGUAUUCAUUUAAAAGAGGAGAAUAGAAAUGAUGCUAAUAAGAAACAAGUGAGGCAUAUAAAUGGUCUAAAUGCAGUAAUUCGCGAGGAUAAAGAGAAAAGGAAAGUUAUUGUAGAAUGGUAUAAUAAUAAUGAGCUAUGUAGUAAGCAAUGGAGUUGCAAGAAAUUUGGGAAGGAAGGUGCUGCAAAACGUGCAUUGCAGUUUCUUGAGAGAAUGCAUGGUAUUCCUAUACUAUGUACAAAGCAAGGAUUCUAUCCAACAUUAUUUGGUAUUGGUUUAUCUGAUAAAGCUGUAAAUGUAGAGGGAGAAAAAGAAAUAAAAUAUCCUAGAAAAAGAAGAAAGAAGGAAAAGACAUGUGAUAUAUCAGAUAGUAGUGCUAAAGUAGAUAUAAAUAAGGGAGAAUUUUUGUUAUCAUUGGAAAAAUUAUUGUUAUAUACAUCAUUUGAUGGCGAAGAACAAAUUUGCAAUUUCAAUAUUGAUAAAAUCCCUAAUAACUAUAACAAUGCAAUUAAUGAUUAUAAUUUACAAGAUAGAGAUAAUAAUACUCUAGAAAGAUACAAGACAAUUAAUAGAGUUAAUUUAUUGAACUUUUCUUUGAAUAAGAGAUUAAUUUUUAGAAAAUUAUUAAAUGAUAUCAUCACAAAUAAAGAAUUUUCAUUAGAUGAAAUUAUUAAUACUCAAAAUGAUUUUGAUAAUGAUAUAAAUUAUAAGAAUGAUUCCAAAUCUCUUUUUAAUAUCAAAACUGUACGUGAAUUAUUACAAAAAACAGUCAGGAACAAAGUUCAACAUGAUUAUACUAUGGAAGACUUUAAAUUAAUACUCGGGGCGAUAGAUAGUGGUAUAUGUCAACCAAUUAUAAAUAAUAGUGAUAAAUGUGAAACAGAAAAUAUUUAUUGCAAUCAAUCAUGGAAUAAUGCAAUAAAUACAGUAUCACGCUUGAGUGAUGAUUUGUAUUAUUUAUUUAAUGGUGGUCAUCCUGGAUAUACAUUAACAAAAAGUCCAACUUUUGGAAGUGGUUAUUAUCGCUCGAACCAAAAAAACAUAUCUAAUACCAAUGAACAUUGUGUAGAUAAUAUGCUAUUAAAUUAUGAAAAUACAGAGAAAAAUAAAGUUCAUCCAAGUGUUGAUAUACGUAGAGUUACAAGGCAAAAGGGGAGAACUGACAAGAUUAAGAAAUAUAUUAGUGAAAUAAAAGAAGAUGAACAAAAUAGAUCAUGUUUUAUAGAAGACCAUAAUCAAGUAGAAAAUGCUAUCUGUACAUUACUUGAUAUUAAGUAUAAGGUAAAUAGUGGCAAAGUAAAACAAGUAUUUAAAGAUUUAUAUAUAAAUCCAGAUUUGAUAGGUUCGUGUAGUUUACUAAGAGUUUCCAAUAUAAGAAGAAAUAUUGAUAAGCCCUUAAUCUCGGACGAUCAAAUUAUUUAUAAAGAGUAUAAAAGGAAACGUAAAAAUAAUAUUGAAUAUGAAAGAUCAUGUAUUACUAAUGUAUACACCAAAUCUACAUCAUUAAAAAAAAGAGUAAAUUUAAAAAACAAACAAAUAAUUGGCAAUAUUGGAGAAAGUAGUAUUGAAUGGUCGAUAAAACCAAGGGGAUGGAAAGUAUCAUAUUAUAAGGGUGAACAUAAGUGUUAUGAAAUAUUUAAAAUUCCACCCAAUCUAUCUUAUGAGGAGCAAGAAAUGCAAUACAAGAGAGCUUAUAAAUUUUAUCAGUUAACAAUGAGUUCAAAUGAUACUUUUAAAAGUGAUAAUUGUCAAUAUAUUGGUGAUUCUAGUCAACAGAAUACAGAUAAUAAUGAAAUUUCACAUAUUAAUACAAGUUAUUAUGAUACAAAUCUAUCCAAUAAUAUUCCAAUUCAAUUUGCUUUACCAAAUUAUUCACUAAUAAAUCAAUUUGUCGAUACUAAUAAUAUUUAUAAUAAAGAUAAAUCUGAGUUAUUAACUAAUUUUAAUUUUUCAUCCGAUAAUUUAUCAGGUACAAAUAAUUUAAUUACAAAAGAAUUAUUCGAAACGAUUAAGAAUCCAAUAUACAGUCCAAAUUUGCUGCAAUACUUCCCAUUUGUAAAUUAUCCAUUAGGUUUUAUGGUGAAUCCUCAUAUAAUUUUUCCAAAUUUAACUCCUUAUAAUCCAUUUAUCUUCAAUGAACUAAUGAGAAAUAUUAAUCAAAAUUUUAAUCAAGUCAACACAAUAAAUCAGAUUUUAUCUUUUGAUCCAAAUAAAAUUGGUGAAUCUCACAAUUUAAUACAAGGUUCUCCCUUUAAUUUUACUAAUUGUUAUAUGAACUCCAUCUUACAAAAAGGCCAAUAUAGCAACACUUCUAUAAAUAAAAAUCUUGAAUUAAAAAAAGAAAAUAAUAUAAAUAAUUUGCAAUAUAACUAA